GACGAACCAUCCGCCAUUGAUAAUGUACAUUCUCAGACACACAUACACUACAAUUUGCACACAUAUACUCCCCUCCAACGCGCUUUUUACCUCCCUAUUUUCUCUCUCAUCUUCCUCUCAAUUCCUCCAUUUUAACGACCUAAGCUUCAUCUUCUUUUUCUCAAAAAUCCCCAAUUAUCAAGUUCAGCAAUUCUUCACUAUCAUUUCAUCUUAAUUAUAGUUAUUUGUGGGAUACGAUCCAAUCAAUCAAAACUUCUCCCCAAAUUGCACCAAAAUCCUCUUUGAUUCCCCAUUACAAUUUCUCAAUCCUUUAGUAAUGUCAGAUCUGGGGGUUUAAAUCCUUAAUUUACCCCAUUUCCCCAACCAAGAAAUUAAUUUGGGCAUUUAACUCCAAAAAAAAAAAAUGAAAUCGUCGAGUAGAUUCUUCACAAUAGGGCUAGUAGCAGCAUGGUAUUCAUCAAACAUUGGGGUUUUAUUGUUGAACAAGUAUUUGUUAUCAAAUUAUGGAUUUAAAUACCCGAUUUUUCUCACUAUGUGUCAUAUGACAGCUUGUUCAUUGUUAAGUUACAUUGCAAUAGCUUGGAUGAAGAUGGUACCUAUGCAAACAAUUCGAUCUAGGGUUCAAUUCUUGAAGAUCGCAGCUUUAAGUUUGAUAUUUUGUGGUUCUGUUGUUAGUGGAAACGUUUCGUUGAAAUAUCUCCCUGUUUCGUUUAAUCAAGCAAUUGGGGCUACUACGCCUUUUUUCACCGCGGUUUUUGCUUAUCUUAUGACCUUUAAGAGAGAAGCGUGGCUUACCUAUAUCACCCUUGUUCCUGUUGUCACUGGUGUUGUUAUUGCUAGUGGGGGUGAACCGAGUUUCCAUCUUUUUGGAUUUAUAAUGUGUGUGGGUGCAACGGCUGCUAGGGCUCUUAAAUCUGUGGUUCAGGGUAUUUUGCUGUCCUCCGAAGGGGAGAAGCUUAACUCUAUGAACCUCCUUCUUUAUAUGGCUCCAAUGGCUGUUGUUUUCCUCCUUCCAGCAACACUGUUUAUGGAAGAAAAUGUGGUCGGUAUAACUCUGGCACUUGCAAGGGAAGAUGUUAAGAUACUCUGGUUAUUGUUGUUCAAUUCUUCGUUGGCGUACUUCGUGAAUCUGACCAACUUCCUGGUCACCAAACACACUAGUGCUUUGACUCUCCAGGUCCUUGGAAAUGCAAAGGGUGCAGUCGCUGUCGUGAUCUCAAUUUUGAUCUUUAAAAACCCGGUCUCAAUCACCGGGAUGCUUGGUUAUUCUCUCACAGUCAUUGGGGUCGUCCUCUACAGUGAAGCCAAGAAAAGAAGCAAAUCAACGAGCUAAGGGAAUCGAUAGGAAACCAUUUCUCUAUAUUUUUAUACCUGUGAAUCUGUAGGAACAUCAUUGACUUGCCAUGAAGCAAAGGGUUUAACAAAAUACUGGAAAUCCUACCCCACAGGUUCUGCAUUUUGUAACGCAGAAUCUCCCCUUUAACGCUUGGGGUCGAUUUUUGGCGUGUACGAGCAACACCAAAUAUCAGGUAAUCUAAAUAUUUAGGGUUUAAAAGUAAAAAAAAAAAAAAGCAAUUACAAUAAUCUUCUGUUUCUCUAUUCUUCUUAAAUUGGGGGUUUAUAAUGGGGGGACAUUUUGUAUUCUUUUAGCAAAAAGGUUGUAGAAUUGCAUUAUACAGUCUGUCCUUUAUUAACAGUUCAAUACUGAGUUAUUAAUGAAAGAUAUUCUUUGUUAGAAGUUUGUUCCAUCAAGUUAAAGAGGUUAUCCUCUACCUAAUCUACAUUGUAUUAAUUUCUUAAUUAUGUGUAUACAAAGUUUCAUUUUAGGACACAUUCUAAUGAUUGUAGUAGUAUCUGCUUCA